UACCAGCGAGGGAGUGGCGUAUGGGUCUUCUUGUGACAGUGCUGGGAUGCAAAGGGGGUUCUGACGAGCGUGUUAAGAUGAGCGUGACAUCAUGGUUCCUGGUCAGCAGCUCUGGCACGCGUCACCGGCUCCCUCGGGAAAUGAUCUUUGUGGGCCGGGAGGACUGUGAACUCAUGCUCCAGUCGCGCAGCGUGGACAAGCAGCAUGCUGUCGUCAACUACGAGCCAUCCACUGACGAGCACAUGGUGAAGGACCUGGGCAGCUUGAACGGGACGUUUGUGAAUGAUCUAAGAAUCCCUGACCAGACCUACAUAACGCUCAAGCUUUCUGAUGUCAUUCGCUUUGGAUAUGAUUCUCACGUGUACACUCUGGAGAGGAGUCAACACAAAGUUCCAGAAGAGGCACUCAAACAUGAGAAGUACACCAGCCAACUCCAGAUGGGAUUGAAGGCGUCGGAGGGGAAGAGACGGGACCGAUCACACGAGAAGGGUGGAAGUGGGGACUCCCCUCGAUCCAAAGUGGAGAAAGUGGAGCGCAAGGCCCAGCCUGAGGCCCCCAUCUCCCAACCCACUCCCCUAUACGGACAGCCCUCGUGGUGGGGGGAGGACGACGCCGGGAACAAGGGGCAGCCAGAUGGACGCAGGCCCGACGAGAGCCUCUCCGAGAACCUGAAGGAUGGCUCCAAACAUGAAACCGAGAUGAACGGUUCCCUUACUGACUACCAAGACUCCCAGGGCAAGUCCAUCUACUCGUACCGACGGGAGCCCAGCUACUUUGAGAUCCCCACUAAGGAGUUCCAGCUGCACCCCAAGCCCCCGGAGACCGAGGUCCAUGAGAUCCCCACCAAGGACACGGACACCCUGCCCCAGCCCGCCCCCACCACGCCCACACCCCCCGUGGUGCAGAGCCACGCCUCAUUCACCAUUGAGUUUGAUGACUGUACGCCGGGGAAGAUCAAGAUCAAGGACCACGUCACCAAGUUCUCCUAUCGGCAGCGGAAACCGCCAGUCAAAGAACUGGCUGCCACGCCCACUGAGGUGAUGUCAGCGGAGAGUAAGGUGGCCGAUUGGCUGGCCCACAGCGACAUCAGCAUGAUGAAGAAGAAGACCCCAUGCGAGGAUGUCUACAGCACAAAGAGUGACUUGCCUCUGCACAUAAAGACUCUCAAAGGACACCACCAUGACGAUGGGACCCUGAGUGACUUUGAGGAACCCACCCUGAAAGGCAAACGGAGCAAGCUUCAGCCAACCACGCCACAGGAGCAGAGCCCUCCACCGGUGAAAUCAACAAAUGCAACCAAAUCACAGAAACCUCCUUACACCCCAGCUCACAAAGAGCCACCUUCCCGCUCUCCACCCCGGGCCACCUCACCCCAACAGGUCCAGGGCAAGCCCGACCCCCAGCAGGCUUUCGUCAUCGAGUUUUUUGACGACAACCCGCGCAAGAAGCGGUCGCAGUCCUUCACCCAGAACUCCGCCAACGCCGAAUCCUAUUCCACCCUCAAGGCCAAGCUGGAGAAGCGGAGGAGCGUGGCCCCACCCGGGGAGAAGGGGGCGGCCUCUCUGGGUCACACCCCACCCACGCAGCAGUUCAUCCUCCCACUGAAGGGCCAGGGCCCCAGCAGCACCCAAAAGACCACCAUGCUGAAACGGGAGAAGACCGACGACCGGCUCCGCACCAGCGCCUCCUCUGCCUCCCUCUACUCCUCCCGCUCCCCCUCUGCCAUCACCAUCAGACCCUUCGGUAGCGUGGGCAAAAAGUCCAAGCUGGCCGAGGAGUUUGUGGCCGAGUUCCUGAGGGACUCGAAACGCGGCGUCUCCCCCAUCAGUGAGAAGACGUCCCCACCGACGAUGGUGCAGACCCCCUCCCGCUUCCACCUGCCUGGCCCUGCCCACUCGCCCCCCGCACCCUCUACUCCUACUCAGCCCGCCUCCCCUGCCAAAUUGCCCGUGCCCCUCAUGACCUCCCCCCUGUCUCUGGGCCUCCUUAGCAUGGAGCUCAAGACCUCCAAGACCUUGAAGAAUGAAGAGGAGGACAGCUUGAGUGAUGCGGGCACCUACACCAUAGAAACUGAGUCGCAGGACAAGGAGGUGGAAGAGGCCCGCACCAUGAUCGACCAGGUGUUUGGUGUUCUCGAGUCCCCCGAGUACACCGGCGGGACUGCGGCACCAUAUAGGCCCGUAAUUAACGAUGACAGUGAUGAGCAGGCUAGCCUUUGGAUUAGCAAGGGUAGUUCUGUGGAUCUAAAGGCAGCUCCAGUGCAGGGCUUUAACCCCGUUGCCCUUAGUGGCACCCCCACCGGUCCAGUGCAGGUGCAGCCAGUUGGUCCUGGGCCUCAGGGUGGCCCCAAGUGGGUCUCCCGGUGGACCAGUCUGGCAGAUGGCUACGGUGAUUCAGGGCCUGAAGCUGGGCUCUUUGACACCCGACCACAGCAGAAGCUGUGUAAUAGAGAUAGGGCAAUUGCCCAUCAGGCAGUGCUGAACCGAAACUUGGAGAGCACAGAGUCAGAGGGGAGCCAGGGUUCUAGAACCAGACGGCUUCUUCCCCAGGUGCCACCAACCGACAAGACUGAAUGUACCACUCCCACCAUCCUCAUCCGACAUGACCCCUACACAGGAUACGAGGUCCCCGAGAAGGCAUCGGGAACCCCCCGCCAACAUGAGAGUGUUCAGAGACUGAGCGUGCAGGACGACCUGGAUCCUGACAGCCUGAGUGACGCCAGCAAAUCAGACGAUGGCUCCAUUGUGGAGCGGGGCAGGAAGCUCUGUGUGGGGCAGGCUGAGCGCAGAGCUGAGGUGACGGGUGGAGUAGUCACCAAACCCACCUCCUUUUACAUUGGGUCUGACGAAACCCCCUCCAUAUCUCCGCAAGCACACAGCCCGGUUCUGUCCCAGGCAGAGAGACAGCGGAGCAUCCCCCCCAAAACAUCCUCGACAACCGUUCUCACCAGACGCCUGAGCAACCACGAGUCUCGAAAACCGGUCAAGCAGAACUCCUCUGCCCCCAACCUCCACUCCCGAGACGAAGACUUGUCGGCCACCAAGGAGCCCCCCAGUUCAUUUGUGAGGCAGGAGAGUUUCACCAAAGACUGCACCAGCAAUGACUCCCAGGUGAACAGGCUCCCUCACAUCUCCAUUCACCCCACCGUUGACCCUGGGGACCUCGACAGUGGUGACUCUCACCAUGACACACAAUCUUUCCUCAAGGAGACUGAGAAUGCCCUAGCCGCCCUCGAGGCCAAGUUCCAGGCCCAGGCCCAGGGUCAAGGCCAAGACCAGAGGCAAGAAGGUUCCUCCGGGCCAAUAGAGGACUCUCUGUCCGCUGACUCGGACGUGGACACAUCCAGCACCGUCAGCUUGGUCAGCAACAAGAAUGACCCCCACAUGGCCUCCAAGAAGCACUCCACUAACAGUGGCUCACAGAAGGAGAAGUCCUCCUCCAGCUCAUCCACCUCAGCCCGCGAGCGCCUGUCGGAGAAGCGCCAAACUCAUGGCUCCGACAGCGGCACCAAGGCCGAGCUGGCCAAGCGCUACCAGAUGCGCCGCAGCGCUGGAAACCGCGGUUCUCUGGACCUCAGCGACGAGCCCAACCUGCAGUACUGGCCUGACACGGUCUCCUCUGACCACGAGUCUAGCUCCAAGCCCACCACCCGCAAGAAGAUCAUUCCUCUGCAGAAGGAGGACUCCAGCAAGUCCUCCAAGAAAGUGUACCAGGCACUGACCCGCUCCAACAGCCUCUCCGCCCCUCGGGCUACCCGUGCCUCCAUGCUCCGCCGGGCUCGCUUGGGCGAUGCCUCCGACAACGAGGGCACCGAGACCGACCGGACCUCUCAGAACUCUGAUGCCAAUGCCCCUGCUAAGGCCCCAGUGGACAGCAAGAAGCUCUCACGGCUGGACAUCCUGGCUCUGCCUCGCAAGAGGACAGGCUCCUUCACCACGCCCAGCGACACCGAGUCCUCCACAGGCAAAGCGGGAUUCUCUAACCGCAGCUCCGAGUCCAGCAGCUCUGUACGGAAGGCAUCCGUACCCGAGCCCAAGUCGGGGGCGAGGAGGAACUCAGGAACCGGGUUGAAGCAGCCGGUGGGUCGCACCCGCUCCAACGGUGCCAAGUACGCCAGCAGUACAGCCAGCUCCCGACGGAGGCAGAAGGGCUCCGAUUACACAUCAACGUCGGACGAGGAGUACGACUCCAACCACAGCACCCCCAAACACAAACGCUCCCACUCCUCAGCAGCUACUCAGACGUCCCGGGCCCCAGCGGUGGCCCGGUCGAAGGCCUGCUCCCGUGAAUCGGAGGAUGAUAAUAAUGAUAACGAAGGCGACCCCUUCCAGAACUGGACCACUCACAGUGCUGAGAUCGCAAGGUUGAGUCAGGACCUUGCUAAAGACCUAGCCAUUCUUGCCCGGGAGAUCCACGAUGUGGCCGGGGAUGGCGAUGCACAGACCUCCACAGCUGUCAUUGAGACCUCGCCCACCUCUGUGCCCAGCACACCUGCCUCCACUAUCUCCGCCCGGGAAGAGAACACAAACCCACCCUCACGAGUCGUCCACUCAUCUCAGCUAGUCCAGCACAUUCCAGAGGCCAGUUUGAAUUACCAGAAAGUUCCGCCAGGCUCAACAGCUGUCAAGGACUCUGAAGAGAGUGCGUGUGACCCAAAGCGCCGCGUGUGGAACAGAGAGGAGGUUAUCUUUGACAAUCUGAUGUUGAACCCAGUUUCCCAGCUUUCCCAGGCUAUUCGGGAAAACACUGAGCAGCUUGCAGAGAAAAUGAAGGUGCUGUUCCACAACAAGACCGAAGUGUGGGAAGAGAUUGAAGCGAAGGUCAACGCUGAGAAUGAAGUUCCCAUUCUCAAAACCUCAAAUAAGGAAAUCGCAUCCAUUCUGAAAGAACUAAGAAGAGUUCAGAAACAGCUUGAAGUUAUAAACCUGAUUAUUGAACCAACUGGGACCCUGGAGAUGCCAGCCAAGAUCGUCCCUACCCCUGCUAACCCCUCAGUCGGGGAGAAGCCCAGAGCACCCUUCAAGGACAGCAGGUCUUCGUCCCAAAUCCUUGGGUCCUCCCAGCACGGGGGCGGCCCUUCUGCUGGCCCCAGCUCUGGGCAUGGGAGCAGUGCCAAUGAGCACGCCAGGGGGCCCAUGGUGGGGCCUGGGGGAGAGAGCUUUGCAGUUUGAACCUUCAUGCAGGUCGCUCCCUGGUGGUGGCUGCCGCUGCUGCUAUUUUGCAAUCAGUGUGUACCGUGGACACAAUGUAUGUGUUAUGAGUGGGAAAAGAUGUGUUGCUAAAAAUUGCACAACAAGGCUAAACUAUACAAUACACAAUAUGAAGUUUGCUUGUUCUACUGUCUGUAAGUCUUGUUCAAUGAAUUGUAAAUAUGCUUUAUCACUGUGGAGCAGUAUCUAGGAUCUUUGCAAUUUUUUGCCAGAUUGUGCCAAGAAGCAUUGUGGGAGGGGAAGACUCAUACCUGCUUUGUCCCUUACCUGCUUUGUUUUCAUCUUGCAUUUCAGAAAAGAAACAUAACCGGUACUAUUUGUGUGCACAUUCAUUUUAUAAGACUGCUACCCAGUUAAUGCUAACAGCAAACGGCUAGCUAUUUUGAUGGAACAUUCUCCCAAGCCUGUUGAACUGGAAAGGGCUGUCGCCUCUUUAUCUCGCAGGGGCUGUGUGCUUGGUUCAAGGGGUACCGCUUUCCUGUUAAAGAAUGUCAAAGAAGCUGGCUGAUUGUGCAUUGCUGACACAGAUUUAUUUAGAGUUAUAUUCCUGUUUACAAAAUUGCAGAAGAAUGGUGUUGUUGGUGCCAUGCAGAGUAAUUGUAUGCUGAGAAACUCAUUUGCCUGACUACCCUCAGUGAAGCAGGGGUCAAAUUCAUUUUGGUGUUUGGGAGUUCUUGUACUGUAUAACGUAUUAAGAUAUCUGCAUCUGAUUUGUUGAAUAUUGUAAAGCACAGUGGAUUGGCAUUAUACUGUAGAUAGAAAUUGUAUAUGAGUUAGAAGGGAAAUAUGCUACAUUUAUUGAGUUCUCACGCUUUUUUACUUAUUCUAGCUUUGGAGCACAGAUGGAGAAGAAUGCUUGAGGUUUGGGCACCAGAAAAUGUGCAGAGCCUAAAUGUACUUGAAGAAAGUGUGGAUGUUAUGUCUAUUGCUCUAAAAUGCACCCUGCCAUGCCUUUAAGAACAUACUAUAUGUUCCUAUUUUACUGCGCCAUUGAAUAAAAUACCCACAAUGCAGUUGGUCUUCAGAGUAGCCUGACUCCUUAGAAUUUAGAAGCCAGGUUUGUGUCCAGGCUAUUCUGUUGUGAUUAAGUUGUGCCACUUGGUAGACAUAAUCCUUAUUGUAGCCAUUAUCUAUGAGGCUUGUAAGUUGCAGCUUCAGUUCCUGGCAGUGGGCACCUAAGUUUUACAUUUCUGUAGGAGCUUUUGAUCAUUUCAUUGUGUGGUUUAAAAUACUUUAAGCUUUAAAACACAAAUUUUAUUAGCUUCUACGUUACUUGUUUGGGAGGCAGUACUUGUUUCUGUGUAGUGUAGUUUAUAAUUGGUAAGGCGCGUCUGCAUUGCACAAAGCCAAAGAGCACCUUGUUGACCUGACAUUUCUGUGUACAACCAUACCUACUGUACACUGUAUCAUUAAUGCCCAUAAAUACUCUACUGAUUUGGUGAAGUGAAACUCUGUUGAAACCAAUCAGGAAGGAAGCUUCAGUUUCAGCUGUCAGGCCCAUGUGUAGGUUUUUCCCCAUUUUGCUACUCUGCAGGUGGGUCCAAAACUAACAAAGAAACCUGACUAUGCAAUUACUGAGAGCAUUCCUUAUCUUCUCCUUUAUGUGAUAUACUGUAUGUACAUAUAAAGAGCUUAUAUUUCCUCUUGUCUGCACUAACAGCAUACCGCUGUGUCCCUUCUUUGUGUUAAAUCUUAAAGCUGUAGCAGUUUGCUUCUCUUUUGGAGAGGGGAAUGCGAUAAAAAAAAUGAAUGCGAUUAAUUCUGUUGAAGUAAAGGAUUGGAAGAUCUUAUGGACUAUUCUGUGACAAUACAAAUGUACCUUAUGUCAUUUACUGAGGUAGGACUCUUGGAUUGUUCACCAAAUGUGCACUUCAUUUGCACGUCACCUCGUUGUCAGACUAGUUAGUGGGUGGAUCAAACGAUGAAAGGGUAAAUUGAAACGAAUUGGGAACACGUCACCUGUGCACUGUAAAAGCCCAGCUGUUAAAUAUAUCCUUUUGGUUUCAGAUAAAUAUAUCUUUUUAGUUUCCAUAUUGUGACUGACUUUGCAAAUUCAUGUUUUUUUUUUUCUCUUUGUGUUAAUAUUAAGGCUGCUGUGGAGUUCUGAAUUUUCUCUCCCACAAACAUUCACGAAUGUAUUGAUGUUAAUGUUUCUGUUGUGAAUUGCUGGCCUGUCUGGAGCCCCUGUGCUCAGUAUCUUUUGUGUCCAAGACCCCUGAUUGGUUUGAUACUGAUGAUGCAACUGCUGAUGCUAAUGUCUGAUGUCCUUGCUGGGCUUUUCUUCCUGUGCAUGUUACUCAAAAUAAUACUGUAAAAAAGAGAGAGAAACACAAAGCAUUUCAAUUCUGUAUACCACAACGGUCUCGUAUGUUCAAUAUUGGCUUCUUACUGUUUAGUCACCAUUUCCCUGGUAUUUUAUCCUCUGCAGAAGUUUUAAUUUAUUUAAGGUUAAGUUCUUCCAGAUUUGUUUGUCAUUGUUAUUGUUAUAUUUUUUGAUAAUUAUUUUCAAAUGUUUUGAAGAUGCAUAUACAUAUCAUUCUAUGCUCAAUGUAGAAAACAUGAUUUUACCAUGACCAAUUUUUUUAUUUUUAAUAAAAUUAUCUCAAUCAUA